AUGCUUCCGCUCUCUAAAGAUGCUCAUGAAUUACGAUAUCCAGUGUACCUUCAACGGCGCACAGACGAACUCAAUAACGACUGGACCACGACUGGGGUAGUCGCUUCUAGCCCAAGCCUACCUACUUCCACGCCGACUUCGCUUUCUAUACCUCCUGCGAUACCCACAAAUACACCACCUAUCCCGACUGAUCCUCAGGAUAUAUCAAUUUCUACUCUUGACGCGACACCCACACCAUCUGACGCUACCAGAGCAUCGUCUGCCGAUGGUUCUCUGGUGUUCACAACAAUCUUCCCUAUAUCCACCAUUACACAAGAGUUCACUACGUUUACAUCCUUUUCCGAAUCUUUGGUAACCCGGAGUACAAGUAUAUCCUCAAGUUCAACUACAUUAUCCUCAACGACUUCAAUGGUUUCCGCCGCGUUCAGCACCUCUUCUCCAAUAUUGUCAAGGUCUGGUGAACUUUGCCCAGGCGAUGGCUUGGACUCUACCGCUGCGGGGAUUUUAUCUGUAGUCAUUGUUCCGAGUGCAAUCGGUUUCAUACUAUGGCUCACAUUUGCGAUUCUGCGACCCCGUUUCCGACAAGUAUACGGCCUACGAGAAUGGUUUGUACAGCAGGAUCUUCGACCAAAGCCCUUGGGUUCUUCAUUUUUUGCGUUUCUUUUUCCAAAGGUCCCUCUAGUCCCUUCACUACCUUCAGACGUAUCAGAUGCAGGCCGUUCUCCAAACCAAGACGCCAAAUUAUUCCCAUCAGAUGAACAACUCAGCCAACGCGCGUUAUGGGUUGCCUUACUUAUUACGCUUGGAUGGUCCUUCCUAGCUCUUGCUGGUGCUCUCCCUCUAUAUCUUAUCAACACACCUUGUAAUGGCAAUCUUCCUCCUGCCUCCGUUUUUGGAGGCGGUUACUCAACGCUCACGGACCUCAGCCUAAUCCGCCUUGUGAGACUCUUUGAAGAUGCAGGUAUCACAGUCACCGGGUCUUCCUCGAUUAAAAGGAGGGAAACUCUGUCCGACUCUGAUCCUUUCCAUGCUCAUGUUCGAGUGAUUGUGCUGACCGUUAUGACCAUCGUGCUGGGGAUCCUUCCGCCUCUAUACAAAAUCAUCAAGGAGUUCAACAGAGUCGUAGACUAUAGACAACGGUGGUUGGCGGUAAAAUGCGAGGGAAAAGAUAUGGGAUGGUUGAGCGCGAAGAAAGCGCCUGGUUACGCUAUGUGGGGUGAAAAGCAGCUGAAGGAUCAUCUGGUGAAAAUUGGCUUGAGUUCGUCGUUGGGUGAUGCUGGAAAACGAAACCAUACUUCCAAGAGCGCAGGUGUCCGUCCUAGAAAUGGCGAAAGAAGAACUAGAAAUAGAGAAGAAGAACAGCCACUGAAUCGGAACGAAGAUAUGACUGGUGCAGAAGUUGACAUUCAGAGCCUAUUUUCUAUAGGAGAUACCCACAAACUAGCACUACUCAUAGAUGAACGAGACGAAAUUUUGGAAAACCUUGAGAUAUCAGAAACGAAGUAUAUAAGCUCUUUCCGAGUGACUACUCCAGACCCUUCCAUCAUAGAUUUUGUUCCUCCUCCUCCUCCUGCAGAUCCAUCACGCCCAUAUAUCAGCCGACCUCUUCCACUUGCACCUCAGCAACGAAGGUCUCGUUCACGAAGACAUAUGAAUCGCGCCUUUGCAGCCUCUUCGCUAGCCCCUACUUCGUUUGUCGCACCAUCAUCCUAUUACAAACUUAGAGGAGUUUCGGGUGUCAGCGGGGGAAGGUUUGCAGAAGUUGGUGUUGAUCGACACCAGAGCCUGUCAGAGUCAAUAAACUCGCGCGUUAUUGGCAGUAGAUUUAUGGAAGUGAAUCGGAACUCUGUCGCCUAUGGCCGGUUACCCUUAGGUACCAGCGUAGCGAUAGAAAAAACAGGCGAAUUGGGACCAGUGGACGGACAUGGAAGUUGGCUUCCACAUAUACCGGAUCCCAGAUUAUUCGGGCCCAAUUAUGGAAUCACUCCGUAUGAAGAUAUGGAAGUAGACGAACAUGGAGUUGUCCGUACUAUUCACGAACAGGACGAGGAAUGGGUGGAUAUAUCUCAAGAUGGCCCAGAAAUGAUCGGAGACGAUCAUAAUGGCUUCCCGCCAGAGCAAGCAGGGCCCUCAUCCUUCUUACGUCGACCUCGCACCCCGAAAUCGGAUCCUCCUCCUUCUACACGACGAGAAACAUUUCCUCGUCGUCAAACACAAGUGGUUGAUCCUGAAUCUGUUCCACCUCCACACCUUCGGCUUCAACCUUCCCAGCCCUUUGUGCGACCCCUCGACGGCCUAGGCUUCGAGGAACUCGGAAAUGUCUAUGCUGAAAUAACUCAAUGGCGCUCACGGCUGAAGAUUAUCAACGCUGAAAUUGCUGACGCUCAGAGGGACAGUUAUAACGAUAUCGCGUCUGGCACGGGUAUAAAUGGAUGGUUGAUGAUUGGGAAAGGUCUUCGUUUUAUUCCAGGCAUUCAGAUGAUCGAAGGCAGGGCGAAAGAAGACAUCAGAUGGGACGUACUUCAGAACGAGAGGACCAGUCUCGAUUUAAUUGCUAUGUGGUCUGUUAUCAUCGUUGUGGCGGUUAUGUUAGGAGCUGCUUUGACUGCAGCUGUUGGCUUAACUCUUGCACCAGCACCUGAUGUUGCACAUUUCAUUCCAUUUCUACAGCCCCUCAUUUCGGCGAAUACUAUUGCUGCAGGGGUUGCCACUAUUCUGGCACCAGCAGUGGCUGUGACUAUCUUCAUUGUUUUGGGGGUGGCCAAAAUCCAUGGUUCUGUUUCUAUCUCAGGAAACCAACUUCUCGUCUUCAAAAUUUCAUUUUUCAUUUUAGCUGCUAUUGGCGCAGUCUGGUUGAUCGCGAUUGGUGCGAUCCUUUUCUCCAUGCAGGCCUUCAGCACAGAUGUAAACACCACGAAAACCAUCGCUACUGGUGCAAUAUAUAUGAGCGUGCUUGCUCUUGCCAUCGUUAUCAAUAUCGCCAUCAUCUUCCCUGCACUCCUCAUGUUGCAGCCCAUCCGCCUUUGGCGUGUUCUCCGCGCCGAGAAGCAGGCAUUGACUCCACGGCAAAGAUUCCGGGCUGUUUAUCCGAGAACCUAUGACCCUUCGUAUGCCAUCGGAGCAUGCGUCCUGGCGAUUGUUUUUGCUUCCACCUUUGCUCUUAUUUUCCCUCUCAUUGCGCCUGCUGUAGUCAUAUUGGUUUUCCUUACACUGAUUGCUCAUCGAUAUCUUGUUGGAUAUGUAUAUGCUCGUACCCAUUCCCAGACAGGCGGCCUGUUACAAAUAUGGCUCUUGAAAAGAUUCGGAACAUUACUAUCAUUUCAACCCAUUCUUCUUGGGCUUAUUGUCUUGUCUUUGCGUUUUUGGGCCGAAGGCGGCAUUCUCGUUGGAACAGGGGUCUUCGUGAUUAUUUUUGUCGAAGCAUACACCAGCUGGAAAACACGGUUGCCGGGACGUAAAUCUUUGAGUCCAAUCACCAUAAACUCAUUGGAUACGUUUGCAAGUGGAGCUGAUAGAUAUCUCAACUUCGAGACGGAUACAGCCAAUGGAAGUAGUAUUCCUGGAACGCGAACCCGUGGUUCUAUGGCCUCUGUGCUCGAAAUGAUGAGUGUGACUUUGGCUGUGAUGCCUUCAGCCUCUUCCUAUAAAGGUGCUCUACCCCUUCAAACCGAAACCUUGGAUGACCUAACGGCCACGGAGAGGGCAGCGCGUACACAUCCUGACGCCCCACCCCAUUUGCCGCCAUUGCCUUUCACUGAUCACGCUGAAGAUAUGGCUGGGAUCAUGUACGCACCAGAGUUGAUAGCUCCACCUCCUAUUAUCUGGUUGCCGAAUGAUUCAGCAGGUGUAGCUCGGUCGGAGGCUGUCGAUUUGCAGAAAUAUCAUGAUCUGCAAGUCACUCUGGACGUGCGGGCCAAGGAAGACGUAAUGACAAGAAGGUCUUCGUCGACGCGUCGAAACUCUAGAUAA